AUGCAAUUGUUUAUUUCAGAAAAUCCAGAAUUUAGCAGUGAUGAGGAAGGAUCAUUACAAAGCCCUGGAACAGAAGGCAGCUCAUUGUCUUCAGACCUAAUGAAGCUGUGUGGUGAAGGAAAACCUAAGAACAAGGCACGAAGGAGGACUACUACUCAACUAGAGUUACUUUAUGCAGAUAGCAGCGAGACGGCUUCAGAUCCAGUAACAGGGGACAAUGGUUUCCUCAUUUCUCUUCCUCCUGUUCCUGAAGUAGAAGGAGCUCCAGCAAUCGUUGAACCAAGUAGCAGUUCUGUUAGGGAUAAAGAUCCCCAACCCCCACCUUCUGGCUUGCCUUCUAAAAUGGGCAGCAUGUAA